AUGUCGUUCAUCUACCAACUGAAGACGUUGCUCUGGAAAAAUUUUAGACUUAGAUCUAAGAAACGAAUUCAGUUGUGUGCUGAAAUAAUUUGGCCUCUGUUUCUGUUUAUCGUUUUAAUACUUAUCAAGGCAUCUUUUAGAAAUUCGUUGAUCAAUGAAACGCAAGACUGUUUCUUCGAAGAAAGAUCCUUACCAUCUGCUGGCAUUUUCAGCUUUUUUCGAAGUUUCUACUGCUCCAUGAAUACAAGUACCCCGUGUUUCAAAUAUGUUAAAAAUGGGUUGCAGGUCUAUACUAAAAAUGAUUCUGAUUGGAAUGCUGAAGAUGAACUAAGAAGACUGGAAAAAAACAUCAUAGAAAGGUUUUCUAAUGUUUCUGAUGAAACUUCAAACAACUGCAGCUUUUUCUCUAAUAGGUUAAAAUUACUUCAACCUUUGUUCAAUGGGAAAAUUCUAUAUACACCUGAUAACGAUGAUAUAAAUAAAAUUAUCAGUGAAGCCAAAAGUUUUUUCACAAACCUGUUUGAAAUUAAAUUUUUUCUUGAAAAUUUUGAAAGAUACUUUUUCAUAAUGAUUGACAGUUUCAAAAAUAAUGUCAUUUAUGAAGAAUUGAAAAUUGUUACGCCUUUAUUUAGUUAUUUAAGUAGUUCAAACCUUUUAACAUCAUUAGUAAAAUUUCUAGAAGAGGAUUUUCAUACAUCCAAUAUUACUGACCUGCUAAAAAUUUCAAUGAAGCUACUGAAUUGUUUUUCAUAUGAUAGAUUUGUUGCAGUACCAGAUGAAUAUUCAUUAACAAAAUUAGCUCUCCAGUUAAUUGAUAACAAAACGUUUCUAGCAGGUCUCGUUUUUGACAUCAUCCAACAAAAUAAUUCAAACAUUCCAUUAGUUAAAUAUAAAAUAAGACUUGAUCAAGAUUUUAUAGAUUUAGCAUACAAAUUGAAUUUGGAGGGUGAAACAAAACUUUCAAAUUUGCAAUUCAAUCCCAGAAUACUUCCAAGUUUUCUAAAGUCUGGUUUUGUGUAUCUGCAGGACAUAAUAGAACAUGCAUUAAUCAGGAUAUAUUUAGGUGAAGAUAAUGUAGGAACCGUUUUACAACAAUUUCCUAGCCCUUGUUACACUGAAAAUAUUUUCAUCAAUAUAUUUAUAAGAUUGCUUCCUCUAUUUAUGGUUGUAUCUUGGCUUGUUCUUGUGCCAAUAAUUGUAAAGGACAUUGUUAAAGAAAAAGAGUUGAAAUUGAGUGAAUUCAUAAAAAUUAUGGGAUUGGGCAGUGGUAUUCAAUGGUUGGCUUGGUUCCUUCAUUUCUUUCUUUUAGUUUUAAUUCCAAUAUUUUUGUUGUGUUUUUUACUCAAAUUUGGUGAUCUUCUGCCUAAUGCAAGUUUUUCCUUGCUAUUUGUUUUAAUGAUGUUUUUUAUGAUUGCACUUAUAACUCAAUGUUUUAUGUAUAGUGUUUUUUUUAGUCGUUCCAAUACUGCAGCUGCUUUUUCAGCAAUUUGCUAUUUUGUUUUAUUUCUUCCUUAUAGACUCUGUCAAAGUUUUCAAGAUUCAAUGCCUUUUGCAUCAAAACUGAUAGCAUGUUUCUCUUUCACUUCAGCAUUUGGUUUUGCUUGUUCAUAUUCUGCAAAGUAUGAAGCAUUGGGAGAAGGAAUACAAUGGAGCAAUAUUUUCAGAAGUCCCGAAGUUAACGAUAAAUUUAAUUUUGGAUUUUGUCUUUUAAUGAUAAUGGUCGAUAUUAUAUUGCAUACUGUGGUCACACUUUAUGUCGAUGCUGUGUUCCCAGGCAACUAUGGGAUAGCUAAACCUUGGUAUUUUCCAGUUGAAUGGAUUUUUAUGUUUCGAAAAAAUAAAAAUAAUAGCAGUAGUAUCAGAAACGCAAUUGAUAUGGACGAACUCACUCAGAUCAGUAACGAGCUAAAAGUUAAUAACUUAGAUGUUGGUGUUUCUAUAGUUAAUUUAGUCAAAAAGUUCAAAAAGUUCGUUGCUGUUAAUAAUUUAAAUGCAGAAUUUUACAAAAACCAUGUCACUGGUUUCUUGGGUCACAAUGGUGCUGGUAAAACGACGACAUUGUCUAUAAUAACAGGCUUAUAUGGUCCUUCAAGUGGUACAGUUUAUGUUAAUAACAUGGACGUAAAAACACAAAUUAAAGAAAUUCGAAAAAUCAUAAGUCUAUGUCCUCAGCACAACAUAUUGUAUGACGAUCUCACUGUAAUGGAACAUCUUUUGUUUUAUUCAAUGCUGAAAGGGUUACCAAAAAAGGAAAUAAAAAGUGAAUGCAACAGAAUUUUGAUGGAUCUCAAUUUGUUUGAUAAGAGGGAUGUGAAUUCUUCGUUUUUGUCAGGAGGCAUGAAGAGGAAGCUUUCUGUUGGCGUAGCGUACAUCGGGUCUCCAGACGUUGUAGUGCUGGAUGAACCAACUGCCGGCGUCGAUGCGUAUGCCAGACGAUCCAUAUGGGAUCUCAUUCAGAAAUACAAAAACAAUCGAACGACAAUACUCUCAACCCAUUUGAUGGACGAAGCUGAUAUACUCAGUGAUAGGUUGAUCAUUAUUAACAAGGGACAGGUGCUUGCCUCUGGUUCAAUAAUGUUUCUUAAAAAACAUUUUGGUAAAGGGUAUCACCUAGAUAUAAGUUUUGAUAAAUAUUUCAAAAAUGAGAAAGAGAGAGAAAAACAGAUGGAUGUUUUUAUUGAAUUUAUAAAAAAGUUUGUGCCCAACGCAGAACCUGAUGUGUCGACACACAAUUUUUACAACUUUGUAUUCAUUUUACCAUAUUCUGAAGUAGAUAAAUUUAACAACUUAUUCAAGAAUUUAGAUUUAAGUAAAUCGAGUUUGCAAUUUGUGAACUAUGGAUUAUCUGAUACAACGCUGGAACAAGUGUUUCUUCAAGUUAACAAGAAUUCAGAACCUCUCCCUGAAGAAGCAGAUCUAUCAUCAAAAUUUUCUCGUUUCAAAUUUUGUCCUGAAAUAAAGCCUCAUUCUGGUUUUAUAUUUUUGUUUCUCCAAUUUUGGUCAUUAAUUGUUAAAAGAUAUUAUUUUUCAAAACGAAGUUUUAAAACAAUUUUUUGUCAGUUAAUUCUUCCACCAUUAUUUGUUGCCUUGACGAUGUUCAUAACAAAUUUUCGGUUCAAGUUUUCCACAGAUGAGCCAAGUGUUGAAAUUCAUCCAUGGUUAAUAAAGUCCAAACAGUUACAUUUGACUUCGUUUUUAUCCAGGAAUGAAAAUUUAAACUGGGACUCGCGGGACAUGGAACUAUCUUUAUUGAAUAAUCCUGGAAUGGGUAAUAGGUGUUUGGAUCCGAAAAUUCAUAAAAUUAAUAAUCUCGACUGUUAUCGCAAAAAAUACAAAAAUCUCACUUUUCUGAUAUCUCCAGAAAAUCCAGAGUUUAAUAUUUCUUGUAGUUGCAAGGCUGGUUAUAAAAAAUGUUCUGAUUCUUUUUCAGGUGAACCUCCUCCACAAUUAAAAAUUAACAAUGAUGAUGUGUUUCAGAAUUUAACUCAUUUUAAUAUACAACAAUAUUUGGUAGAUACUCAGCACAAAUUUUCAAAAACUAGAUUUGCGGGUAUUGAAUUUUACUCUACAAAUCCGUUUAAUUAUUCAGUUUCAAUCAACAUUUUGAAUAAUUUGCUAAACAUUUUGAAUCUUACCGAUAAAAUACUCGAAGGACUUCAAAUAACUAAUUCUUCCAACGUUUCGGUUUCUCUGAAGAGUAAUUUGAAAGGUUUUUGCCCUCAUUUGGUGACCGACGACGUGGUAAUAGUUUGGUACAGUCAUGAUUCACCUACUGCAAUUGUUGCGUAUUCAAACGUCGUUCACAAUGCUAUACUUCGAUCUAAAUAUGAUAAUGUUUCCUCUAAAAAGAUAGGAAUUGUAGUCUAUUCUCAUCCUUUAAAUGCCACUUUUGAGCAGCGGCUUGAAAGCAGAAAGAUUUUGGAAAUUCUUCCGCCUGUUGUUAUUUUGUUUGCUCUUACCAUUAUUCCAACUAGUUUUCUAUUUUUUUUAAUUGAAGAAAAAAAUAGUGGUUCGAUGCAUUUGCAAUAUAUAAGUGGACUGAAUUCAACUUUAUAUUGGAUUUCAAAUUUCGUCUGGGAUACUUUAAUGUUUUUAUCCAUCUGUCUAAUAUUUAUUUUAAUAUUCAUCAUUUUCAAUGCAAAAGAGUUUGUUUCGAAGCAGAAUAUGCUUACGUUUACUAUUUUAACACUUACGUACGGUUGGGCUGUUAUUCCUUUGACCUAUUUUUUUAUCUGGAUUUUCACGGAUUCCAACACUGGCUACAUAUUUCUCUCUGGCGUUUAUUUUCUUUUUGGUCUUGUACCCACAAUAGUCACCUUUGUUAUUGAUUUUAUCCCAACUGAUGAAGAUUGGAGCGAUUUCUUUCAGACAUUGUUUAUAUUUAUACCACAGUUUUGUUUGUCCAGAGGUUUGAUAGAAAUGAGUAGCAACUAUAUUAACUAUAAUGCUAAGGUUAUGCUAUUCGGCGAAGACAGCGUCAAAUACACUAAUCCCAUUGCUUUUCACGCGGUAGGAAAAUUCAUCUGCUCUCUUUUUAUUUUUGGAUGCUUAUCUCUAACGUCUUUUUUGGUUGCCGAAUUCCUGUCCCAUAAAAAUUCAAGUUGUAAGAAUGAUAAAUUUCGAUUGGGUGCUAGAUUAGUUACAAACAGCACGGAUGAAGACGUUUUGAAUGAAGAGAAAAGAAUUUUUAGUGAGCCAUUGAGUAAUAACGUUUUAGCUGUAACAAAUUUAAUUAAAUAUUACCAACACCGAUCCCUUUUUAGAAAAAACUCUAACUCCAUAUUAGCUGUUAACAAUGUAACAUUUGGUGUCCUGCAGAGAGAGUGUUUUGGCCUUUUGGGAAUAAAUGGAGCUGGGAAGUCGACAUUAUUUAAAAUGCUAACUGGAGACAUUCAUCCGAGCGCAGGAAAUAUUUUUUUGAGAGGUUCUAAUUUUUCAAAAAAUACACAAAAAGCUCAAAACCUGUUUGGCUAUUGUCCUCAAUUUGAUGCGAUUUGUAAUUUGAUGACAGUCAAAGAGCACUUAGUUCAUUUUUCCAAACUAAGAGGUGCACCUUCUGAAAAUGUAAAGUUAAUAUGUGAAUGGGCAUAUUUAAACUUGGAUUUGUUGGCUUACAAAGAUACACUUGCUAUGCAUUUAUCUGGUGGGAACAAGAGAAAAUUGUCAAUAGCUUUAGCUUUGAUUGGAAAUCCUGAUGUAGUUUACCUCGAUGAACCUACAGCAGGAAUUGAUCCAAAAGCUAGGAAAUAUGUUUGGGAAUCAAUUGUCGGCACUGUCAGGGCUGGCCACUCAGUAGUAUUAACAUCUCACAGUUUAGAAGAGUGUGAAUUUCUUUGCAACCGUUUGACGAUCAUGGUUUCAGGAGAGCUAAAAUGCAUAGGAACUAUUCAACAUCUAAAAAAUAAAUUCAAUGAAGGAUACACGAUUGAUGUCAAAUUAAAAGAAAUCGUUAAUGUUGAUGAAAAUUUUAAAAGGAUUACGGAUUUUAUUUUAAAAAGUUUUCCAGAAACAAAACUGCUUGAACGUCAUUUGAACUUCGCUAAAUUUCGAUUACCAGCAUCUUUCAACGAUUUGUCGUUUAUUUUUAAAGUGUUGUCUCAAGCAAAAUCAAUGUCCCUAAUAGAUGACUUUUCAAUAAAUCAGACAAAACUUGAGCAGAUCUUUAUGAAUUUCGCUAGGCAAGCAAAUUCCUCUAUAUAG